AUGGCAACCGCUCUAGCAGAUGCAGACGAAUCAAUUCUCAUCACACCUGCCGAGCUGCAUGUCAUUUUUAAAUCCCCUAUUGAUCAUGAAAAUCGAGUUGUUUGCAUUGCAGCUGGGCGAAAUGCCGCCUCGGCGUCGUUUGAGUCUUGUCACCUUCCCAACUCCGUCUUCUUCAAUCUAGACGAAAUCAGAGAUACGACAUCCCGCUAUCCCGUCAUGUUGCCCACUUGCCAAGUCUUCACGGCGGCCAUGAAACGGCUUGGCAUCCGCGCCACCCGGGGGGACACGUUCAUUGUAUACGAUACAGUCGAGGCGGGCGGGCAUCUAUUGCGCUCCCCGAGUGGCUUGGACAUUGGCACACUUUGGGCUCAAAAACGUACGGGUACUCAACAGCUUUCGGCACCCGACGACGCCACUCCCAUGUACCGGGUCGCCGACGCGGCGAGAACAAUCGCGUUUGAAGAGCUUCGCCAUUGUGUCCUUGAUGGAUGCCGACAGUACCAGAUUCUAGAUUCCAGAAGCGAGGACUGCUUUCUGGGCAAGGCUGUCGGAGACGGCCACAUACCCGGGGCCCUCAGCGUCCCGGUAGCUUGUCUAGUAGAUUCUUGCAAGAAUCUGCUUCCUCGGCCGGAAAUGAGAGCCGCUCUGGAGGAUGCCGGCGUUGACGAGAAUAAACCUGCCGUUUUGUCGUGCAACACGGGUGUGACGGCUUCCAUCCUGUGGCUAGCGCUCAAGGUCGCCGGAUACGACGUCAAGGCGAGACUCUAUGAUGGAAGUUGGUCGGAAUGGAAGGAUCGGGCAGAGGAACAAGGUUUAAUUGUUUGUCAUAGAGAUUUACUGUAG